AUCUAAGCAGCUAGAGAGAAGGCAAAACGGAGCAGGAGAGACUGCAGAUGGAACGGGACCGUGAACACAACUCUGCAGUAAUCAUGAAGGAUAAGUGUCAGAUCGAGGAAAGUGCAAGGAUGAAGGUAGGGGAGGAGCUGGAGAAGAUACAGCUGGAGUUGUCAAUGUACCGUCACCGGUUGGAGGCGAGUCAGGAGAGCUGUUCAACUCUGCGUGAGGAGAGGAACUCUCUAGCUGCCGAGGUUCACAGUUUGCGGCAAAGCCUGGCGAGACAGGAAGCACGAGUAUCAGAUGUGGAGCAGCAAUAUCAGCAGACACUUGCCAGCACGCACAACCAAUCCUUGUAUGAUGUUGAGCGUCUGCAUAAGGACCGUGGCAGCAUCGAAGGGGAGAUGAAACAACUAAGAAGAGAGUUGGAGCAGACACAAGGGGCGCUGCGGCAGGCGCAGGCCGCGGUCGCCACGCACGAGCGGACAACGGAACGCUUGCAGGAGCAGACGCUGCAGAGUGAAGCACUGCGGACGAGAGCAGCAUCGCUGGACACGCAGAACUCUCAGGCUCUCGGCAUCAUUGCUGAGCUAAAGGCAGAGCUGGCUGCUCUCACUGCCACUAACCGCCACCUGCAGGAGAAGUUGGAGGAGGUAGGGAUAGAAAGGAAGGCUGUGGAAGCACGGCUCGACAAGCAGCAGUUGUCUACAGAGGUGCAGCUUCAACAUGCCGAGCAGAAACAUCACCAGCAGCAGCGCCAUCUAGAGGAGGAUAAACAAGAGAUUGUCACCCGAAUCAACAAGCUGCUUGCACAGCUGCAUGAGACAGAGGCAAACCUCACCACAGUCACUGAGUCCAAGAACCACUACCUUGCCAACCAGCACAUGUACGAGCAGGAGCUACAGUCACUCAAGGCUCAGCUGCAGGAGGAGGAGGCUGCAAGGAGGGCGGGGGAAGAACGCACUGCCCACGUUGGCCGCGAGCUUGAACUCGUGCGUAAACAGAAGGUUGAGAGCCAUGAUAAGCUCUGUGAGCUACAGAAACACACCUCAGACCUUGAGGCGGCGCUGCAAGUGGAGAAAAACCAGGUGGCGCUGCUACAUGAGGAGAGGGCAACACUUCGCACGUCUUGUACAGAACAGGAGAACUACAUCCGUGAUCUACAGCAACACAUCGAGCAGCUGCAGUCGCCAAGCUGAUGGCACUAAAGCAGAAGUUUAAGGACAGAAGUUGGAGCUAAACCAGUCAUUUGACAGAU